CUGUGUUUACCCAAACCCUGCUGUGUUUACCCAAACCCUGCUGUGUUUACCCGAACCCUGCUGUGUUUACCCUAACCCUGCUGUGUGUGGUAUAGGUGGAGGAGGGCAGCAGGGCAGCAGCGGUCAGCCUCCAGGUUGGAGACGAGAUGGUGAACAUCAACCAGGUCCCUCUGAGCGGUUACAGGCAGGAGGCCAUCUGCCUGGUCAAGGGAUCAUACAAGACCCUCAAUCUGGUUGUCAAGAGGAAUAUGAGAAUGGUGGAUUUAGUAGCUACUGGAAAAAUGCCCUCUGAGACUGAUGUCCAUGUGGCCAGGAGCUUUCUCAACAAGAUAUUACGAAGUUCCAUGAGGAGGAAUGAAGCUGUAAGCAGGCCUCACUCCUGGCACGCCACCAAGUUCAACGAGAGCCAAUCAGAGACUGCCAAAACUCAGUCUCCACCCCCGCCAGUCUGGCAGACCAGAUAUGAUGCAAGCUUCUCCUCUACCAACCUCUCCUCGUCUGGCUGGGACCAGAACCAGACUAACCUACGGCGAGUAUCAGACCAGUUCAGCUCUCUGGGCAGCAUGGACAGUCUAGACGUCUCCCACCACCCCUACCCCCCUGGACACCAGUCCCCAGGACGCUUCUCCCCGGUCAAGUCCAACACCACCCCGGAGCACCUGGGAGGGGGCAAGAGGGACUCAGCAUACAGCUCCUUUUCCACCAACUCUGGUACCCCAGACUACACCCUCUCCAAGACACCAGACUACAUCCUCCCUAAGACACCAGACUACAUCCUCCCUAAGACACCAGACUACACCCUCCCUAAGACACCAGACUACACCCUCCCUAAGACACCAGACCACACCCUCCCUAAGACACCAGACCACACCCUCCCUAAGACACCAGACCACACCCUCCCUAAGACACCAGACCACACCCUCCCUAAGACACCAGACCACACCCUCCCUAAGACACCAGACCACACCCUCCCUAAGACACCAGACCACACCCUCCCUAAGACACCAGACCACACCCUCCCUAAGACACCACACUACACCCUCCCUAAGACACCAGGCUACACCCUCCCUAAGACACCAGACUACACCCUCCCUAAGAGCAAUGCUGCCUCCACAGAGAACAUGCUGUAUGAGGUGAGCCAGUGGGAGUCAGGAGGCCUGCCCAGUAACGGCAGACAUAGCCUGAGUAGUGAGGGGGUCAGGCAGGACGAGAGGCCAGGGUAUCUGCAACUGGCUGGGGGACAUGGGGCCAACAUGGGCCGGGACAGCCCCAGGACAGCGGAGCAGUCAGGGUCAGGUUCUUCCCACUCCUCCAGCUCUGCUAGGGCUAGCUGCGGUCCCGUCUGGCACGUUCCUGACAAGAAGAAGACCUCCGAUCCCUCUCCUCCUCCCCCACCGCCCGUACGCAGUGACAGUUUUGCUGCUACGAAGUCCAAUGAGAAUGUUCUGGUUAUAGCCUGUCCAGAGGGACCCGGUGCUCACACCCAGCCCAAGGCCCAUGGUAAAGGAAUGGAUAACUCACAAUGCACCAUUGACUCUCGGCGUAGCCAUCACAACUUACCCUCCAAGAACAACAUGGUCCCUCCUUACAUUUCACCAAAGAACUGUCAUCCCAACCAGGUGAACUGUAACAAGCUUUGCUCCCUGUCCAGUAGUGAUAUCAGGCUGGGCCAGCUCCCCCCUACCUACCUGCCCUGCCACCAGAGACAGUACAGUAAUGAGAGCUCUCUCUACUCCCACCCCAGGACUUGGUCUGUCCCCAAACAGCAGAACGUCAGCAGCUGCUACAGCAGCAUGCAGGAGCUUCCCACCAACUACAAUGCCCAGAACACCCAGCUCUAUAGCCAGACCCCAGACAGCACUGGAGACAGCCGGUACUACUGUGUGACGGCCAGACAGCCUGGUCAACCGGUCACCCAGGCCCUACUAGUCAAGACUGAUGAAAGGAGGGGUGGAGGGGGUAGAGAGGAGGGUGUGGAGGGUGGCGGUGAAAGGAGGAGUGCAGUGAGCAUCGUACAGGGUGGAGGAGAUAAGAAGUCACUCACUCCCCUGGGGUCAGGGGUUACCAAGGCUAAGUACCAGCCACCUCCACCCCUCAACAACAACAGUAAGGGAUACAGCAGACAGGAUGACGGCUCCCGCCACAAACAGCCAGCUACCGUUUGUCCCUCUGCUGUACUGGAGUCCUCUACAGGCCAGUCCAGCCUGAAGAGGAACAACAGUCAGACUGCAGAGCCCCACUGUAUGAGUUACCCCCCGAGAAGACAGUCUCUACAACCUCUUCAGCAGGACACCAUACACCGUCAAGAGAUGCUGCCAGACAGUCAGAUCUGCCCUCAGACCACCAGCGGCCUCAGCAACUCAGGCCUCGUACCCAGAGACUGUUCCAGUGUGGAGACUGUAGAUCUCUUCAGUAACCAGUGCACCAGGACUGACCGGUUCGCCACCACCCUGAGGAAUGAGAUCCAGAUGAGACGUGCCCAGCUGCAGAAGAGUAAGAGCGCUGCCUCCCUGAGUGGACCCUGUGAGGCAGAGAACCAUGAGGUGCCAGAGGUCUGGAGGCCCAAAGACACCACCUCUUCUUCAGAUGGCUCCUUCACCUCCACCUAUAAGGACCAUCUGAAGGAGGCGCAGGCCCGCGUGCUGAAGGCCACCUCCUUUAGAAGGAGACACCUGGAGCCUGUCCUUCUGGAGCACCCUGUGGCGGAGGCAGUGUCCCUGCCGGACUACUCCUCCUCUGGUCUGGGGAGGAGCGACAACGCUAACCCCCUGUCCAGCCUCUCUAUGGGCCUCCCAGCCAGGUCUGGCUCUGCCCAGAGUCAGGUGACCCGAAUCGGAAGCAGGAAGCGUUUCACCACGGAGAAGAAGGUCCGAUGUUUCUCUGAGCCAGACAAAAUCAAUGAGGUGGGGGUGGAGGAGGAGCUGACCCCCCCUGAGGCUGCAGACUCAUUGCUGAACCGACGAUCCACCCCCACACCUGCCUUCACCAGACCCCUCCCUAAAACUGCCCUGCCAGGCCCUGUAGAGGACUGUGGAGAGGGCAAAGAGAUAGCCAGGGGUGACAGGAAGGAACAGAGAGAGUGUCAGGGACAGGACCACAGACAGCAGGCCCUUCUGGAGCUGCAGAGACCGGGGACCUUUGCUGAGUACGAGACCACCUGGAACACCCAGAAGAAAGCAGCUGAGACCAGAGGCUCAGGACGCUCCCACUCUGCUGAUAACAUCCUGGAUCCUGGAAGAGAUGACAGGACCAAACCAGCCCCAGUCCACAAGAGGUCCCGAUCCUCACCCUCCGCUGACUUCUAUGACAAGGUGAGAUACUGGCAUCCUAUCCUCAACCUCCGCUGACUUCUAUGACAAGGUGAGAUACUGGCAUCCUAUCCUCAACCUCCGCUGACUUCUAUGACAAGGUGAGAUACUGGCAUCCUAUCUUUGUUGUAGUGCACUACAAGGGCCCAUGGGUCUCAACUGAGUCACUGUCAAACUCAUUGUCGGUUCAAAUGUUCCUGCGUGUUAUGACUUUACUCUCAGUACAGCAUCUCUAUGGGGAGUAGCUCUCUGCUCCACUGAAGAACUUACGAUCACGCCUGACAAGGCCUCGCUGGAAGCUCUAGGUGAUAACGCUGAGGCUCAGAUUCAUUCCUUAGAUUUCGCACUGAUUCGCACUGUUAAAAAAAACAUUUGGAACGUGUCAAGAAAAGGACGAGUAUGGAACAUCUUAGGCUAGGUUGAGGAGUGACGUCUUACCCAGAACCUAAAAUGGCUGCCAUCGUGCGCCAUCGUGCAUAAAUGUAUUUUGUCCCCCCACACUAAACGCGAUCACGACACGCAGGUUAAAAUAUCA